AUUUAGAUGGCAGCAGAGCAGUGUUUUGGUUUAGUAUCUUUCGAAAAUUAAUUACGAUUUAUCGCGAGAGUUGAUUUGUCCUGUUGAAAUAAAGGACAUUUUAAUUCUAACUAGUAUUCAUACUAUUCAAUAUGUGAAGUGGUGAUCAAUAUCAUUCAUGGGAACGAUUAUAUGAUGAAACACCUAGUACUUGGUUCAAUAACAAUAUUUAAGAAUGAAGAUAAAAUAUACGGAACGAUUAACGAAGUAAAAUACAAUGUUAACGGAACACUGUAAGUAGAUAACAAAUUAAAAAUCAUGGAUACACAAGAAGAUUGUACAAUUCGUCGAGGGCAACCUGUUCGAAGGGGACAUACAUCGGCUUCACCGAUGGUAAACCAGUCCCAGUAUUUAAAUGUUGGAAGAUCUAUCGUUCGAAUAGCUGUAUAUCUGAUGACCGAAGUUUUUCUAACAAUGGACAUAGAACAGAAUUCUACUGCACAUCAAAUUCUUACUAUGAUACAGUCUGAAGCAGAGCUAGGAUUGGCAAGAACCCCAUUACCUACUGGUCAAACAGUCUUUGCCUUGUGGCUUUGUUCUUCGAAGCUUGAAGUUCAACUAAGACCAAAUCACAAGCCUAUCGAAUUGGCUACAAAGUGGAAUCGUUUAGUGAAAAAGUAUAGCUCUGAAACAGAAGACACUGAUGAAGAACCCUUACUAUGCCUUCGAAGAAACGUAUUUCUUUCUAGAGCAGACGAGGAGCAAAUAAAAGAAGCUAAAGUAUUGGAAUUAUUAUAUGCAGAAGCUAGAAAUAAUGUUUUACAAGGACGUUAUCCAUGCGAAGGGCAAGCACGAUAUGCCAGUUUAGGAGCGUUGCAAGCACGCAUUGAAUUAGGACCAUAUAAUCCACAAAGUCAUACCUUAGCUUUUUUCAGAAGACACCGUGGUCGGUUUUUACCUCAUCAUUAUACUUCUCCUAGUCUAUUAUUGGGUCUAGGUCUUGGAUUAGGUUUGGUAGGAGGAAAAGGUGCUCCCGAGGCUCGUCUCCUUGAACAAUAUAAACGAAUACCUAAUCACACAGGAACUAAUACAAAUUCGAGGAAACUUAUCAGAAAAUACCUAGAGUUUUGUUGGAGCUUACCCUGUUAUGGUGCAGCUUUCUUUCAGGGACAAAUCGAACGUCCUGUAAGAGGUCUUGCAUCGUGGAUCACAAACCGUGAUAUGCAUGUUCUCAUAGCUAUUAAUUCAUCGGGUAUUUACAUUGUUGAUGAUAUGCAAUGUAGUUUAUUAUUAGGUCUACGUUAUUCAGAGAUGAGUUGGGAAAUGGCAAAACCAUCUGACGAGGGUAAUUUGGACUGCCUGCCUUGUUUGUUUUUACAAUUUCCUGUUCGAGAGAAUGGAGCACGCGUUUAUAAAAUACUACAAGUAUUCUCAAGACAAGCAAUAAUGAUGGAUACGUUAAUUUCUGGUUUUGCCGAGGAACAUCGUCGCCAUGGAGCUAACGGCGAUGUGGCAAAUACUGAUCGUUUAAUAGAUCACUCGAUAGGUUCUACUACCGGGAGUUUUACUAAUAAACUUAGCAAAUUUACGUUGGCUACUUUUGACGACGAAGGUAAUAUUGCUAAGAUUAUUAGAACUCAAUUCAUUAAAAUUGUAUUUAAAAUUCAUUUCAGGUCGAUGUAUCGGACAAAUGGGUUCUUGGUCUUUUCAAUAGAUAUAUUUACAAAUCAAGUUCAAGUAUUGUAAGAUAUGGAUUUUGUUGUAGAUAAUCCAUUAACAUUUUAUAGCGUUUUGGAACUAAAUCUUUGUGACGAUUUAAUCUAGUUUCUAAAGUCUGCAAAAUGAAAUUGAUCUCAUCCAUCUUUUCUAAUAUUUUUUCCUCUUCUUCGCGACUCAACUCGCUCUGUAAAAAGUAUUGUAUCAUGUAUAUUUUGUAACAAAUGAAUAUGAAAAAUCUUUAACCUGCACUAAUGAUGUUUGUAGCCUCUCAAGAUCUUGCGUGUACUCUUCAAAUUUACUUAAAAUCUUAUUCGCUCUAUUUACGAGUAGCUGUUUGUAAUCGUUGAGACAUUCGUAUUUUAUUGUAUAGGCAUGAAGCGUGGAUAUCUCGCCUGGAUUCCCUAUACGGGCCAAGUAUGGUUUCAAAUAAUCCAUAUCUUCUAGAUCUGUUUGACUUUGUACGCGUGUCCAUUCGCUCUGUGUUCGUAAUUGUACACAUUAGUAUUAAUAUUAAAAGAAUAGUAUACAGAUAUAUACUUUUCAUACCGUGGGUAGAUCAGUUGCUGAUUCCUCCUCUCUAUAUUUAUCAUAUGCAGAUAUUAAUAGCACCGGAGUCAAGUACUCAUUGUUUUUAGUUCUUAGAAAAAAGGAUAUUUCGACUUCGGUACUUCUAACAUACGACACGGUCUGAUCCUCUUCCUUCAACUGCUUCUCUAGUUCAUAAAAUACAUCAAGAGCUCUAACAUGUUCAUCCAUGGGCUAGAAAGAAAACCAUAUAAAUUAUAAGUUUGUGAGGAGAUCGAGGCCGCGAAACCGCAGGUCCCGCCGGCACGCGCCGCGAGUACGAACACCGCCGCCAGAUGGCGACCGCGCGCAUCGCGAACUCGCGAGGCAAAUGGCCUCGCAAGUAAUUAUAUACCGCGCCGCGAACUGACUACGAUUGGAUCGACUCUCCGAGCGACAUCCCAUGCAUGCGCUACAGUGGGAAAGAUCAUCUACUAUUUUUUGGAAAUUCUAACGCUUCCUUCAGUAGCGUUCGGUGGACGAGUUGUGAUUGCGGACUGCGAUAUGUCCUGCAUUUUCCGCUGGCAAGUGCCAGGUUUUUUUCGAGCGGCUUUCCGGCUGCAGGAUCGGACGUAUACGUCAUCCGAACGUCGACCGGAGCCACGGUCUUCUUCCUUGUCGGGGUUAGGCGGGUUUGCAAUUGCGGCCGUCCGCCUAGGGACAUCUAGCACCGAAUGCUAGACAUCCCGUGCCUCCGACGCUCGGUGCUGCACUUCGGCUUACACCGGGGUGCCGGACUGCAGCGCCGAGCCAUACGGCAAACAAGCCGUACCGUGAUCGAACCGCGUCGCGUUAGUAUUAAGCCGUUAGUAUUAAGUAGUUAGUAUAAAGUAGUUAGUAUAAAGUUAGAGUUAGUAUUAAGCAAGUUAGCUAUAAGUCGUUAGCCGUAAGGAUAUGUCUCUAGACAUAUUUUAGACUGUAAGGACGCGUAGGACCCGUAGCCUUAACUAUAAGAUUAGAAUAGAACUGGCAUUCGUCAGAACCCCGGGACUUACCGGUAACCCGUCACAAGUUUAAUUGA